AUGGCGCGCGCAAACUGUGCAGUGCUGUUGUGGCUCCUGGUGGCAGUGAGCGUGAAGCUGGGGCGGCGCCACAUCGCCCACAACACGGUGGAGCUGAUGGAGAGGCGUCUGGCCAAGGACGACUUCCUCGAGUACUACAACGGCAAGACGGGGCGGUACAUCGGGAAGCAGUCGCGCAAGUUCCAGACGUGGUUGGUGGCGGGCUACCUGGUGGGCAAGAUGCUCCUGGACGACCCCUCCAACCUCCGCGCCGUCUCCCUGGAGGACGACGGCCACACCCGAGCAGCAUCUAAAGUUAGCAUCUGCUGCACUAUCGCUGAUGAUGUUUGUUUAAGGCUGUUGCUUUGCUCUGUGUGA